CCAGAACCUUUAGAUUGGUUGCCUGCCUAGGAGCUGCGGCGGAGAAUCUUGACCCAUUCCCAGGAACCGUAUUUUGUGCGCCCAGCUCAACCCGCGUGACGCGGAGAGCCGCGAGACUGAGGAAGUAGGGACGUGGGAGAGAGAUGGCAGCAGAGCGAGGCUGCCCAGAGAAGAAACACCCAGAAAGGAUCAGGGACACGGAUUCAGACGCUUCUGCGACUGGGGAGGAGACUUGACUGUCUUUGGACUGACUUCUGAAUACUCAAGUUACUCAAGGAAGAAGCUGGGAGGAGGAGAAUGAACAAACAGAAAGAGCCAGUAAUGUCUGCCAUGAAGGAGAAGUUGACUUUCAGUGAUGUGGCCAUAGAGUUCUCUCAGGAAGAGUGGGAAUGCCUGGACCCUGCACAGAGGGCUUUGCACAGGGAUGUCAUGUUGGAGAACUACAGCAACCUGGUCUCCCUCGGAGUCACACUUCCUAAUCUGAAUAUUAUGUCUAUGUUGAAAGAAGAGAAAGGGUCCUGGAUUGUGGAGAGUAAGGCAGUAAUAACCAGAAAACCAAAUGGACAAGAAUAUCUGAGAGCUGUGAGGACAGUCAACUCUCUUGAACAUAUAAUUAAAGACUUACCACCAAAAGAGAGCGGCAAUUCAGGGGGAAUAGACCAGACAGUGGUGUCAGAAAGAUAUAAAAGCAGUGGCACUGAAGUCUGUUGUUUCAGAGAACUCCAGAAGAAUGUACAGGAUUUUGAGUUUCAAAAAAAAGAUAGUGAAAGGAGUUAUAAAUUCACCCAUAGAAGACAUCAAGAUUGUAGAAAGAAUACAGGAAAAUGCCUUAGGAAUCUACUUGAAAUGCAGCCAUUUCCAUCUACAGAGAAUAUUGAUGAUGAUGAACUUAAGUCUAUCACCAGUGGCUUUUCAAUUUCAUCAUCUGAACAAAUUUCGUCUAUUGGUGUCAAAGCUCACAUUGUUCAUGAAUAUGAAUAUGAUGUUUAUUGUUCACUACUUAUGAAAAGACGCAAAGCACAUAAGGAAAAACCUUAUCAAUGUAAUGAGUGUGGCAAGGUCUUCAGUUAUACUUCUUCUCUGGCACAUCAUCGACAAAUUCAUACCAGAGAGAAACAUUACAAAUGUGUCGAAUGUGGUAAGGCUUUUUUUCGACGUUCUUACCUUUUGGUACAUGAGAGGCAUCACACUGGAGCAAAACCUUACAAAUGUAAUGAAUGUGGCAAGGUGUUCACACAGAAUUCACACCUUACAAGUCAUCGGAGAAUUCAUACUGGUGAGAAACCAUACAAGUGUAAUGAAUGUGGCAAAGCUUUUAGUGUUCGUUCAAACCUAACUAAUCAUCAGGUAAUUCAUACUGGUGAAAAACCUUAUAAAUGUAAUGAGUGUGGCAAGGUCUUCAGUCAGACUUCAAGCCUUGCAAUUCAUCGGAGAACUCACACUGGAGAGAAACCUUACAGGUGCAAUGAGUGUGGAAAAGCCUUUAGUUCACAUUCAAACCUAAAUACCCAUCAGAUAAUCCAUACUGGAGAAAAACCCUACAAAUGUUCGGAGUGUGGCAAGGUCUUUACUCAGAAUUCACACCUUGCAAAUCAUUGGCGAAUACAUACUGGAGAAAAACCUUACAAGUGUAAUGAGUGUGGAAAGGCCUUUAGUGUGUAUUCUAGCCUCACUACCCAUCAAGCAAUCCAUAGUGGAGAAAAACCUUACAAGUGUGAUGAGUGUGGCAAGGUUUUCACGCAAAAUUCACAUCUUGCAAGUCAUCGUGGAGUCCACAGUGGGGAGAAACCUUACAAAUGUGAAGAAUGUGGUAAAGUCUUCAGUCAGACUUCAAACCUCUCAAGGCAUUGGAGGGUUCAUACUGGGGAGAAACCUUACAAAUGCAAUGAAUGUGGCAAAGCUUUUAGUGUGCGUUCAAGCCUAACUUCCCAUCAGGUAAUCCAUACUGGAGAAAAACCUUACAAAUGUAAUGAAUGUGGCAAGGUCUUUAGUCAGACUUCAAGCCUUGCAAUUCAUCAGAGAAUUCACACUGGAGAGAAACCUUACAGGUGCAAUGAGUGUGGGAAAGCCUUUAAUUCACAUUCAAACCUAAAUACCCAUCAGGUAAUCCAUACUGGACAAAAACCCUAUAAAUGUCUAGAAUGUGGCAAGGUCUUUACUCAAAAUUCACACCUGGCAAAUCAUCGUAGAACCCACACAGGAGAGAAACCUUACAAGUGUAAUGAGUGUGGCAAAGCCUUCAGUGUGUACUCAAGUCUGACUACUCAUCAGGCAAUCCAUACUGGAGAAAAACCUUACAAGUGCAAUGAAUGUGGUAAAGUCUUCACUCAAAAUUCACACUUAGCAAGUCACCGUAGGACUCAUACUGGAGAAAAACCUUACAAAUGUGAUAAGUGUGGUAAAGCCUUUAGUGUGCGUUCAAGCUUGACUACCCAUCAGGCAAUCCAUACUGGAGAAAAACCUUAUACAUGUAGUGUGUGUGGCAAAGUUUUUAGUCGAAGUUCCAACCUUGCGAGUCAUCAGAGACUUCAUAUUGGACAGAAACAUAAGUGACUGUAGCAAGGCCUCCAGCCCCAAUUCACUUGCACAAUAUCCAGGAAUUCAGUCUUAAGAAAAUAUUAAUUUAAAUGAUAGAACAACAUUCAUCAAGAAUUAAAGUACAUCACUGGUUAUGGUGGUAUGCAUGCAAACCACACACUUAUCAGACAGUUGUGGGAUUUACCAGAGGAAUAAGUCUUCAUCUUCCAUAGCUAAUCUUUGAUGUUGCAGCCUACAAAAUAAUUGUUAAUUGCAGAACAAUUAAAAGUCAGAAUAGGCUAAAACUAUACACACACACACACACACACACACAUAUAUAUAUGUUGCAAGACUACAUUGAUAUACUUGGUUGCCUUCAAGAUAAUAAAUUAGUCAUUGUUUUGUAUUUCCUUGCAAAGUCUUCCUUAUUAUUUAUGAUUGUCAGUCUCAACUUUGUGAUGGUACAAUUCUUGCCCCAGGGUCUUUUUCUUGCACCCUCUGGGAAAAACAAGAUGGAAAAUCACAUUAGUAUGAAAGGAACAUGUCUAUAAUUUCUGAGAAUGGCUCCACCUUUUGAAUUAACUAUUGCUUAACUUAUUGUUUUAAUUUGUUUUAGUUGUGAUUAACCCUAUGACCAAAGCCAACUUGGGGAGUAAAGUGUUUAUUUCAUCUUAUGGAUUAUAGUUAAUUAAGAUAAGCCAGAGCAGAGGCUAGGGUAAGAACGUGGAGACAGGAACUAAGGUAGACAAUAGAGAAGGUAUGCCUGCUGGUUCACUUUUCAUGGCUUAACUACCCUUACCGCCCAGUACCACGUAGCAAGGGGUAGUAGUGCCCAAAUUGGACUAGGCCCUCCCAGAAAAUGUUUGUCAGAUAUGCUCAGAGUCCAGCCUGAUGGAGGCAAUUUCUUAAGAAUCCCUCUUUCCAGACAAUUCCUGGGUGUCAGGUUGACAAGAUCUAAACAGAACAUUUAUCAUCUGAAAGGCAUGGGAUAUUGUAAAACUGCAACACAAAGUUUUCAACUUCAUUGUGUAAUUUGGGGGGUUAUCUGUGUGGCAACAGCAAUUAAGUGGGAAAGAAAUUAGAAUAUUGAACUUUUUAUGAAAUGAGAACAAUAUUCUCAUAGGGAUGGAUUGUCUGGUCAUAGGGAUGGGUUGUCUGGUAAAAUACUUCUAAGGCAUAGUUAGCAUCUACGUUGACUGGCAAGAGCUUUUGUAUAGCAAAGUAUAAUUUUUCUUACUGUUUAAUUUGAAGAAUGAAACAUUUAGCCCAAGGAGUCGAAGUGUAGGAGCUGGCCAAAGAAGUUGUGGAGAAGCACUUGUCUACUAUAUGUGAGGCCCUCAGCAGCACCAAAAGUAGAAAUACACUAAAGUUUUCUUGAGGAUAUCAUUUAACUACUCUUGUUAAGCUUUGCCACUAUUUUAUUCAAAAUAUAUCCUUGAUCUAAUUUUUAGUUAAACACAUCCUGUGAAUGUGUUUUUAAUUCUUCUGUAUAGACUUUUUCUGUAUCAAUACAAUGCUCAUCCAUGGAAAUGAGAAAACGAAGUAAAACUACUCAGGUUGAGGUUUCUAUACUUUGUCUGAAAUCAGAGGCUAUAAAGUUUUAGGGCCCUAUAAUCAUUUUUCAUUGAAUUUAUUCUGUCUAUGCCCAAAGGAUACUUGUGUAGGUAUAAUGGAUAUCAAGAAGAUACAUUGUGUAGACUACCAAAGCAAAGAUGACAUGUUUUUGUAUAUACCUCUUGACUCUUUAUAGCUGUGCAGUACUUCUGACUUUUCAUUGAUUGAUACGAAUUAUGCAGUCUUCAUUCUGGUUGACUUUCCACAUCAAUAAAAUUUGAAAAACAACAGUA